AUGGCAGCGACACUGGACGGCCAGCACACGCCCACCAAACCCAUUGCGAUGCGCUCUGCUGGCAUCAAGCUGGACCCGCCCAAUGUACACAGCAUCAAGACCGUCAGUGCCAGCAUCGACAUCAUGUCGCCCGUCAACCAGAACGGCUGCUUCGAAUUCGACCGCAUCAUCAAGGCCGGCACUGUCCAAUGGAAGCCCGUCUACAUCGUCCUGCGCCCCAACUGCCUCUCAAUUUACAAGGACAAGAACGAGACCAAGCUGCGACACCAGAUCAACCUGUCCGAGAUCACGGCAGUCGCGCGCCAGAGGGACUCGAAGAAGAAGAUGGAGCACGUCUUUGGCAUCUUCUCGCCCGCCCGCAACUACCACCUGGGCGCAUCGACGGACAAGGAGGCUCAGGAAUGGGUGCACCUUAUACGCACCGAGGCACGCAUCGGCGAACACGAGACUGAGAUGACCAUCAUGAGCCCUACAGCCGGGAAGAAGACAUUUGCAGGCUUUGGCCGGCCCAAUAGAGAAAACAUCGUUUCGAGCUCCUCCGAGACAGAGCCGAGGCCCACGAGUUCCGUCGCCCCAGAGAACAUGCACAGCGCCCGACGUCCCUCACAAGCCCUCAACUACUCCGGCGGCGAGCGCGCCUCAAUCUCCGACUUCGACUUCUCCGACACCAACCAAGCCUCCAACAACUCCCUGCCCCCUAGGACACCGCAACAGCAACGUAAUGCGAGCCAGCAGAGCAGCAUCGGCGCCACGCCCGACGAUGAGCGCGUAGUAUAUCAUGGCUGGCUAUAUGUCCUCAAGUCCAAAGGCGGUGUGCGCCAGUGGAAGAAGGUCUGGGUGGUCCUGCGGCCAAAGUGCCUUGCCUUCUACAAAAACGACGACGAAUACUCGGCGACCCAUAUCAUUCCCUUUACCAGUAUCAUCGAUGCCGUCGACAUAGAUCCCGUCUCGCGAAGCAAGCAAUACUGCAUGCAGGUCAUAUGCGAGGAGAAGAAUUACAAAUUCUGCGCUUCAAACGAAGACUCGCUAGCCAAAUGGCUAGGCGCGUUCAAGAGUUUGCUGGUCAAGAAGAAGGAUGCUGCCAAACAGCUUUGGAAGGAGAUAUAUCAGAAUUCAAAUCAAAGCCGCCGAUCUAGGCAAGAAAAGAUUGACAGCAUCGAAGAUGGAAGUUAUAGGAUACAGACUAUCGACGGCGCGACCAUCCUGCCCAGUGCUUGGGAUGCUAUCGUUAGACCGAAUUCGACCAUUCAAAUUGAAUUUACCGACAGUUCGCACAUGAGUUCACCACCGCGGUCGCGGUCGCGGUCACGGUCACGACCAAGUUCGCGAAAUGCACGUCGUGUAGAACGUGUUCGAGACAGUCCCGAGGAUGUGCGUGCGGUUACCUUCGAGGUUCUGCAUCCGAUCUCGCCCACGCGAGGAUCAGAAAGCGCCACCACUACAGAAGAUGAGUCUACUGGAAGCUACGCCUUGGACAGCGAUGAAGAAUCACCUUUUGAUGAGCACGAUAUCACUAUUGACAGAAUGCCGCCACCUCGUGAUGUAGUGGCUCCAGUGGAUAGUGAAGGCAACAAGCUCUCUUUCCAGGUGGAGACGAAGCGACUACACCUCGUGCCGCCCAAAGGACCGGGAAGCCAAGGAGAAGUUAAAGAAACGAUAAGCGGGAACAAAGAUGUGACCGAGAGCAAUGUUGAAACAAGAAGAAUGAUCAAAGUAUCGAUGAUGGAGUCUGAGGGUCGGAGUAUGCUUCAAAUCUGCACCCUACCAGGCCCGGAGAACACUCUGUUACAAGCGAGCGUCGCAUUUACGUGGUACCACAUCAGUGCUGCACAACUCGACUUUGAUCGCUUCCGAAACCUUUGCUCUACCAUCCCACAUCUCUCAAGUCGCUUGCAAAUCCUUACCGGCGAGAUGUUGACAAAACUGCAAAGAGACAAAGUUAAGCCAUUCCUAGGCGGUAAAUUCAUCGAGCCCGGUACCGUCCUUCGAGCAGAUGAGUCUGAUCAAACGGACCCUCAUUCGGUCAUAUUCAGCUGCGUGCCCUAUCUCGGCCUCGAGCAGGCGAAAACGAAGUCUCCUGGUUUAGACAAUCCUCUGUUUCCGCCACGCACCUUGAUGCAGUCGUUCUACCCAUAUGAGCCAGUUCGUGAGCGAGACGAGGAGCAAUCCUACAGGAAAUUCAACAACGAUCACUCCCACAACAUCAUCCACGUUCCGAACCUUUGGAUCAUGAAUAUUGGAUCAAGUGUCGUCGUAACAUGCGGACAUGAGCCUCUUCCUACGACUAUGGGAAGGUCAAUCAAUAUUGUUGAAGGAGAUAUCAAGCAGCUGGGCAAGAAAAGCACUGUGGAGAACGAGCUGACAACUGUUCGUAUCACCAAUCUCGACGGCCGUAAAUUUGAUUUUCCUAUCAGCAGCUGCAGGUCCUAUUUUCAGCUGGAAGCGAGAACUCUCGAGCUCAAUUACACCCCUGGAGAUCGCGUGCUUGACAGUUGGAUCAAAAUGGAACUUCAAACACGAGAUAGCAGUAUGAUCGUUGGCCCUAGAGACUGGAAGAGGGUUGUUACCCGAGCAGCCGAUCUUGUUGUGAUCAAUAUCACGAUUUCAAGCGACCAAGACGAUCGUAGGCCAGGUGAAGAUGCAUCUAACUCCGGCCAAGCGGCAGUAGAAUCCUCCACAUCAGUCCCACCUUUUUUUAACUGGCCGCAGUCCAACAACAACGGUACAUCGAGGAGUGACGGAAAGUUCACAGCCCCUAGUACAUUGAACCCACACGGGCUCACCACUUGCUUGGAUCAGGUGGAAAAGGCCAUGACAUCUAAAACCCUAGAACAUCCUCGUGACUCUGUCGACUACGCUUUUGCAUCGACUGAUUAUUACCAAGCCUUGCCUGAGGCGAAGUACAGUGAUGUUUGCACGCAUCAAGCCGAAUUGAAAGACCGCGCCAAACGAGCAAGGCAACCAGUGUCAGGCAUUACGUUCCAUCAAAGAAUCGUUAGGACUCAAAUCUCUGACAUUCUCGAGCGAUCAGCGGAACUCUUCGACACUAUCCAGGCAACUUUGAAACUCUUCGUCAAUGACUUGGAUUGUAGCGUCACACUGCGCAAAAUUUCGGGCGCCUUGGAGAACAUCAACAACUAUGUGAGCUCCAUAGAACAACGUGGAUCAUUUGAACCUGGCCACAAGCCCUACUCUGAUCCUGAGUGGAAACAUCCCGAUUUGGUUGAUCGUGCCUGGUACAUUCGCACCUCUGCUCAUUCCCAUCCGGUGUCACUUCCGGAUGCCAGUGACAGACUGAAGAAGUCAGUCUUACGUUGCAGGCGGUGUAGUAAAAUGAGGUCGUUCGACAACCCACAGGUUGCAUUACAUCAUGUUGAGCGACAUGCAACAAAGUCUAUGGAUGCAACGGGAGUAAACACUGGCUCAAGGCCUGAUAAGCCCUUGCAGAUUACACCUUUGGAUACAAAUGUACACGACUGGGUGAUCAAUGACGCGCAAUACAGGCUCGAAUAUACCAAUGACGGUGCUUUAGCAAUACUUACUCAAGCCGGCACAGCCGCGAAGGAUAUGUUUGUUCAAGCAAGGGAUCUUGCUGAAGGAGUUCAGAAUGAAGAUGGGCAGAUGUCCUCGCUAUAUAAUAGGCCACAGGAAUUUGUAGAAGCAUUUCGCAGAAUUAUUGUCUUCUAUCUAGCGAUUGAGCGAGCGUUACACGAAACUAGAAAGGUCUACGAGCAGGAUGAUUUUCUCCGGGACACUUACAACCUGCCAUAUUCGGAGAUGGGUCUUGGUGUACUAAGGGGCUUUGGCAAGGACGCACAACGAUCGCUGCGUGUUACUCGGCUUGCAUUGUGCAAAAUGGCCAGACCGGAACCGCCACUUGAUAUAUCCAAGCAUCUCUCCCUGGGACCGGAAUUCGUAUGCGCAUGGUUGAUGAGGAGGCUGCUGGUGAAGCCUUUCGAAAAGUCCAAGACCGUAGGCGACAUGUUCCGUGAAUACGUGACCACGGUUCAAUUCGAAGUUAACGACCGACCAAGCAAGCGCCUCCUUCGGGCCAUCAAUCUCAUCCAAGAAGAGUUGCAAGUCUUGAUCUCAGUAAACACGUGGCAAACUAAUCUUGUUCAAAACUACUUGAGCGUUCUUGAAGACUCGACGUACGAAGCAGACAUGCCAUCUCGUCGAGGCAUGUUUCCAUAUGAGCGCACUCUGAUCGAUACUUGUCUAGACCAUCUCUCCUUGGCUCGAGAAGACUAUGUGGAUCUUAUUCGCCGUUGCGGCCCACUCUCUGAUCGUACAAAGCAGAUGCUUGAGAUCAAUGAAGAAGAUCACGGCAAGGCCAUUAUGGUCUUCACAGUCGUUACGGUCAUCUUCCUGCCGCUUUCAUUUGUCACCAGCUACUUCGGCAUGAAUACAGCUGAUAUCAGAGACAUGAACCAGAAGCAAAGUCUGUUUUGGAGUGUUGCUAUACCACUGACAAUUGUGACGGUGGGCUCCUGCUUACUCAUCGGGUAUAACGGCGAUGACAUACGCCAUUCGAUGGCAUCAAUCUACCACAAAGCUCUGGGACGCGAUGAGAAGACCAUCGAAGCUGGUGGUAUAAGUGUACCACAGCGGAAACGUCCACUGAAGCUCAACAGCGGAUCUAGCAGCACAACGGAUUCCUUCAGCGGGGCCGGCGAAGCCGAAUUCGCCAGUCCAUUACCCGAGAUACCUACCAGGGCAUAUCAAUUUGAGACAGAAGAUGCGUGGUACAAUUCGCGCUACGAAACGACCCCCCAAUGGCACGUAUCACAGGAACGUAUAUACCGACCCGAAGUUCGAACACAGUCUUACGCCGAGCCCAUCUCCAUGGCACCACAACCACCACCGCCUCCUCCUCUGCCGGUGCCACGAUACAGGUCUUCACGCCUAGAUGACUACGAUAUGUACGACGAGUUCGUAUCAGGGACACCCAGGAGAGAAAAACGUCGCUAUGAUGAUAUCUAUGCAGACCCACGUGAGCGAUCUCAUUCCAACUACUACUACUCCAAUCGAACAAGGCCAUACCGUUCAGUUCGCCGAAGCAGUAUCGAAAGCAUCCUGCGCAGCGGCCCACCACCAAUCUCAACACGAUCAGAUGUACGACGAGCGGGAAUACAUGGCGCUACAACUGCCUCACACCGAAGGGUAUACGAUGAGGAUGAAUGGUCGAGGGACCACGGAGAUGAAUAUAAAUGGGUCAAGAAGUCACGAACCCGAAAUCAAAGGCAUGACAGAGACGAUAGACGCCAUACAGUAAGACAUGCGGUACCUGUUUCUGAUGAGUAUGGGGUUCCUGAGCGGCGGCAGCGAUCUACGGGUAUCGUUCGCGAGGACACAUGGUAA